GGCCUCCAACCGCUCCCGGAGCCGGAGGUUUAAAUCUAUCGAGCUGCAGGUGGAGCAGCCGAGGAAAAAUGGCUCCACUUUCUGAAACUGUCUUGGAAAUGAUCAAGAGCUUGAGAAAAAAUUGGCACAGCCUUUGUCCUUCUGAGAGAACUACUGUGUGUGGGGCUGAUUUCAUGCUCCAGGCUUUGCAGCUGUCUAUGGCAGAGAUCAAUAAACAGCACUUUGGAGAAUUUACCGUCUCUCUUAGUGAUGUAUUGAUGGCUUGGAAGCAAUUACUACAUGAGAAACUAGAUCUGCCAUUUGAAGACAUGGAAGUGGUUGAACAUUAUAAAGACAUCAGAAAGACCUAUGAUGCUUUUCUGAAGAAUGCUAACAUUCUUGACCUUAUUGAUGUGUACCAGAAGUGUCAAACAUUGACUUCUACUUGUGAAAAUAAAGUAAUGUCUCCUGUACAACUAUUAGAUUUCAUAUCUGGAAGAUCGUGCACAUCCUAUGAAAAUAUAAAUCCUUUUGGAUCAGAAUCUCCAACCACUAAAUGCAACUUGAAUAAUAAAAAGGUACAGUCAAUAGCAAGGAAAAUUAUCUGCUCAUAUUUAAGCCUGUUGGUGAAUUCAAAGAAUGACUUAGCCUUGGCCCACAUCAUUAAUAUUCCUGAUAGAGAACUUGGAAGAGAAGCUUUCACAGACCUUAAACAUGCUGCUCGAGAAAAACAAAUGCCUGUUUUCCUGGUUGCCACCUCAUUCAUUAGGAUGAUAGAGCUUGGAGGGAAAGGAUAUGCACCCUCACCAUCUGACCCUCUGAGGACUCAUGGAAAGGGGUUGAAUAAAUUUAUUAUUUUUAUGGACAAACUGGAAGAAAUUCUGGGAGAAAUACCAAAUCCAAGAAUUGCAGGGGGUCGGAUACUCUCAGCAAUAAAGACAGAGUUGAUAAAAGGCCGAAGCAGUGGGGAUCCAUUCAGGCAAGCGACAGAGGAAGUUACUCAGGAUUUGGAUUUGAGGAUUAAAAACAUUAUCAACUCUCAAGAAGAAGAUGGAGUUGUUAACACCACUGGCAGCAGCCCAGCACGGCCAAGAUCUCAUGCCAUAAAUCAUGGCACUGCCUACUGUGGCAGAGACACAGUGAAGAUUUUACUUGUUCUCCUGGAUGAAGAAGCAGCUAAUCCUCCUACAGAAAACAAAGCAGAACUUUUGUAUGGAGAUGAAAAUACAACUUCAUACACUGGCACUCCUAUCCUGACUCUUUUUAGUUCUCCAAUACAAGCAAAUGAAUUUCUGAUCAAGCCUUUAAGAGAACGUGUUCAGAAAUCAAUGGAAGAGAAAAAAAUAAAGAUGAAACAAACCUUAAUAAGAUCCCAAUUUGCUUGCACCUACAAGGAUGAUUUCAUGACUAGCUAUGAAAGAUGCAGCAAUAGGAAUCAUUCCACAGAAGAGCCAGCGUCUACAACUCUCCUGCGGAUUGCCCUUACUGAAGGCAUGAAUUCAUCUGAUGGAGAACCAACCCUUGGAACAAGUUCUGGAAAUGUUCAGCUGAACAGGAGUAAAAGUGAAAAAGUAUCCAAAAAAUCAAGUGAUCAGACAGGAAACAAGGCCCCCAAGAGGAAACAGGUGGAUUUGAACAGUGACAGUGGCCUCUGUAUUCAUGAAAAUGAACUGUCUCAGCCCCAAAUGAGUAAGAUCCCUAAGACAUCAAGCAGUCCACAGAAAAAAUCAAAUAAAAUUCUAGCCAGAUCAGCAGCAAAAGGCUGCAAACCAGCCACCAAGAACAAAUUAAUUGCAGGACAGGCAAAAUUAACUCAGUUUUUUAGAGUUUGAAUUUGUCUCUUUUGGUCUCUGGGCAUUUGGGUAUUAGUCAUUAAUCAAAAAGCAAUCAAUGAAAAGAUUUGGAAAGAUCAACACGUCAGGUGCAUUAGUGCUUUGCCCUACUGAAAUGUGGAAUAUAGAAGAUGUUACCGUCGGUCAAAUUAGACAAAUGAGUCAUGAUUAUGCUGAAUUUUCAUGAGAUUUAUUACACAGCAAAAUGUUUACAUUUAGUAUAUCCAGGAAAAAUCUCAAUCAUUUGUUCCAAAAUACAAACAUUGACCACAUCUACAUUUAUGAAGCACAAUAACUUUCAUGUUUUGUUUCACUGGCAUCCAAAUAGCUUCGUUUUCUUGGGAAAGGAAGAUGGAAGCCUGCAGGUAUCAGAUUUGCCAACAAGGUCGAUAGACUCUUCCCAGCAUGCAUCUGAGCACUGUAGGGAAAAAAAAAUUCCAAAAAUUUAGGCUGUUAAAAGGGACUACAUUGCAAUAACUAUUUUAGAAAUCAAAGAAUAAUUAGAUUAAUGUAAUUCUGAGUAACCAGAAUUGCUAUCAUUUUAUCAGUGUUUAUUUAUUGUGAGCUGAGUGCUUUAUAUUAAAAAUUGUAUUUUUACAAUUGUAUUCCUAUUUGAUAUUAUUGUAAUUACCUAUUUCUAAAACCAUUUCCCCAUUUUUCAUAAUUUUUAAGAUGUCUGAGUUGAAUAAAUAAAACUACUCACU